AUGAAACUGGUCAAGAGGGGCAGCGUUGCGGCUCACAUCCACGUCGCAAAGGAUUUCGGCUUUGGUUCUGGCGCCCCACCCGGCCCUUGGGGCGGAGGUUACGUUCCUGACAGUACGAGCAGCAAGAAGAAGAAGAAGUACAAGACCAAGAAGCCGGGCAAAGACAAGACGACGGGAGAUGGUAGCACCACGAGUAGCCAAGACAAGUCGCCUCCUUCUGACCCUUCUGAUGAAGGCUCGCACUCCACAACUACUUCGCACCCUGACUCCAACUCGACGACCACUACGAAGCCCUCUAGCGCAAAGCCUGGGACCGAUAACUCGACUACCACUUCCACUUCAACCUCGAAUACGACGUCCGAAGACGACACUUAUAGCGAGUCGACAGGUAAUACGACGGGCUCACCCUCAACCACGUCUGGAUGCACCUUUUCGAGCGUCUCGUCUCUGAUGUCCGGCAAAAAGUCGUGCAGGCACAUAGUGCUCAACAGCAUCGAGGUGCCAGCUGGAGAGACGCUCGACUUGGGUGCACUGACGCCGGGCACUGAGGUGACAUUUGCUGGGACAACGACAUUUGGCUACAAGGAGUGGGCGGGCCCCCUCAUCUCCAUCAUCAACUCGAACAGCAUUAGCGUCACAGGAGCCAAGGGACACAUUCUGUCCUUUGAGGGCGAACGCUGGUGGGACGGAUGGGGCGGUCUCGGCGGCAAGAAGAAGCCCAGAGCCGUCUUUGUGGCCAAGUUGGACAACAGCUCGAUCAGUGGACUGAGGCUCAAGAAUACGCCCAUUCAAGGGUUCAGCCUGUCCUGGUCGACGGGUCUUGGCUUCUACGGAAAUGUCAUCGACAAUUACGAGGGAGUCAUGGGGGGCAAAGGACACAACAAUGAUGGCUUCAACAUUGGUCGCUGCACGGACUGCCGCGUCAUUGGAAACACGGUCGACUCGACGGACGACUGCGUUGCGAUCAACAGUGGGCAGUCGAUUAAGAUCUUGCAGAACAACUGCAUCCACACACACGGCAUCAGCAUGGCUCCCGCAGGAAGUGCCAGCGAAGUCGACGACGUCCUCGUCAAAUCGAACCGCAUCGCUCGUGGCAAGUUCGGGCUCCGCCUCAAGUCCUCGUCGAAGGGUAAGGGCUACGUCAACAAUGUUCGCUUCAUCAACAACGAGCUCAUCGGCUUGUGGCAAGUAGGGAUCGAAGUAGUACAGAACUACAAGAAUGGUGUAGGUUUCAGUCAGGCCCAGGCUGGAGCGGGUUGUCCCUUUCAGAAUAUCGAAUUUUCGGGCAACACGGUGUCCGUCACGGAGCGUGCUGCUAAGUUCAGUGUCGCCUGCGCUCCAGGGGCUUGCACUCGAUUCAGUUGGGAUGGGAGUCUCGACGGUGGGGGUAAGGAGGACAUGUGCCAGAAUGCGCCACGCGGUUUGCCCUGCGGUGACAAAAGUAGUGGCGGUGGGUCUGGCGGAAAGGAGAACAGUUGA